CUCUCUCUCUCCUUCACCAAAGACCUUCAAUGGAAUUCUCUUUGACUCCUCAGAAAAUGGCUGAGUUUCAAAUUUCAAAUUCUUCAACUAUGUUCCUUUGAUUUUGGUUUACUAUCAAUGGCCUCCUCUGCUUUCAAAUCCACCACCAAGAGGACCCCGAUCGGAGCAUCUGUUCCUUCAAAUGAUGACUCCGCUUCCUCUAAUCGUACUUCCUUUCACCGCCGUUCUCGAAGUCUUAGCCGCUUUUCCCACCCUCUGCCGUCCUCUCCCAUUGACAAGGUCUUCGGUGAGGCUUCACCAGCUCCUCGUGGUAGGUUUGUCAACACUUCCAGAGGCUCGGGGUUCCCUGAGAUCAGUCUCGAUGAUUUAGCGGUCGAAUUCUUUGGUUCUACUGAUCGAGGGCGGUCUGCUGCGAGAAGCUCUGAGUUGAGUGGUGCUAUGAAUUCUUCUGUGGCUUCGAAUAGGCGAGGGAGGUCGGUUUCGAGACACGGUGGCGGUAAAACUAGUGGCGGUGGUUGUGAGAACAAAGGAAGAGGUGGUUCUAGUGUUUCUGGGGGGAAAGUGGUUCCUGAAAGUAAUUCAAGGAGAAGACGCUCUCUCUCGGUGGUUCGUUACCAGAUUAGCGAUUCGGAGAGUGACGAUCGAUCUCAGAGUUCUGGAACUCGUGUCAAAGAAAAGAGCUUUGGUAUUGGAAAUAAACAGAAACCAAUAUCCCACAAGACUGAUGACUCGAGCCGUAGACCAACAUUGCGAAGAUCUCUUAGCCAGAAUGAUUUUAAGUGCCAUGAUGGCUAUUCAAGCCAUUCUUCAGUUCUAACUGAUGAUGAAGGGAAGGAUGCUUCCUUCGGUAAUAGUGUAAUCGAGAAGACCAUGCGAUCAAUUUAUGCAAGAAAGGCAAAGCAGGCCAAUGGGGGUGUUGUUGACAAUGGGUUGUAUGAAGCAAUGCGGAAAGAACUUAGGCAUGCUGUGGAAGAGAUAAGGGUGGAACUUGAGCAGGAAAUGGUGAACAGAAAUUCGUCGGUUGAAACUUUCAGUGAUGACUUGCUUUCAAGUGAUUCUGGUGUUCGUCACCAUACAUCUCCAUUUACAAGAAAUUAUUCAGCAAAACAAGAACAGCCAGAGAAGCGUAGAGAUUCAUUGGGUAAGAUGGUGAUGGAGAAGCAACGUGGUCAAGAUCUUGCAAAGAUGGUUAAAAAUUUGCCUCCUGAUCUGAAGAAUGUUGUUGCAGAUAACUCCUCACGGACCAGAAAGAGGAGCAAAGAUAGAAGUAGGAUGUCUAAACGAUUGAGCGAGGAGGCUGAAAAAUACAUUGAGGACUUCAUUUCCAAUGUCGAAGACACAGAUAUUUCAUCUCUUGAUGGCGAUAGGAGCGACACUAGUUCUUCUUUAGGGGGAAAAGUAAAACCAAAUUUCAAAAUUCCAGCAGCCAGCAGAUAUGUGCCUCCUGGAAUGGAUGGUGUCCUACUUCCAUGGUUGCAGUGGGAAACCAGUAAUGAUGCUACACCUUAUCCUCGAAAGAACAUGUUCGAACCACCUACAACUCCGCAAACUUUUCCAUGGGAUGUAAAUCAGGAUACAAGCAAUGCACAAGAUCUAUGCAAUCAUUCUGGUAGCAGCCAAGGGAGUUGGAGCCCUGGAGUUACGAUUGGCCUUUCUGGGAAAGUUGUUGAAGAUAAUGGAAGUAGAUUCAAAGGACUUGGUAAGUAUCAGAACCAAUCCUAUUCGGAAUCAAGAGAAACUCGGUUCGAUAUAGACGAAUAUUUAAAGCGUCCAAGCAGUGAAGAUUUCCUCUUAGAAAGAUGGAAGCAACAGCACAAAGUCACCUGCAGUGGUCUCUUGCUUUGUAAUCGUCUAUUUCUAUAGGCCCUUUAAUUUCUUCACAUAAUUUUUUUCUUCUUUUUUUGUCUUCCCACAAUGUGUGAGGCGGAGAAACGAACCUUUGAGAUGGGGAAUCAAAAUCAAUAGUGCAAGUUUUAUGCGUUGGCGAGUUGUAAAUUAGAAUUCUAUUUAGUUAAGUUAUAAAUUUAGGCAUUAUAAGAAUUUUCUUCUUGAUGUAA